GCCCCAUGCUUCCCUCUCCUUUUCCAUCUCUAAGACAUUGGGCGUAACUAGGGUUUCACUCCCAUUCAAGCUCAGCAUUAAAAAAUUCAAAACCCUGCAAUCCUUACCCCAAUUUCUCCUGAUUUUAUAUUUUCAUUUUUAAAACUCUCAAAAUGAACCAUAACACCGCUUCAAAAUCGUCUGAUAAUUUGCAGUCCAUGUUAAAAGAAUCAGUCGAUCGAUUUUUAUGCGAAUACCAAAAAGGCGUCACCGAUUUCUCUAAUUUUACUAUGAUUUUCUCUCGUUUACUUCAAAAUUUACCCGAUCCCUCACUCGAAUAUGUUUGGUUUUACUCGGCACUAACUUUCUACACCUCCAAAUUCACAGCUAUGCCCUCUUCUAAGCACGUUUUAGCCACCAAAGACUUGUUUCAGUUGCUUGUUUCUUGUUCUAGCUCAUGUAAUGUAGUUAAAAGAGUUGCAAUUCUCGGUCCAGUUAUUUACGAGUUAUUCUAUUUAGUGACUGAUAAAAAAAUUUCGAAGAGGGAUGUUGAGAGUUUGUUGGAAGGAAUUGUAAGUUACAUUAGUAUUUGUUGUGGCGCCGAGCCUGAGAAAGAUGAUGGAAUGGAGUGCUUGAACUUGAAUUCUUGUUUCCUGGAUUUGGUGCAUGUGUGGGUUGUUGAUCGAGUUGGGGAGAAUUGUGAGUUUGGGGACUUGAAGGUCUUUUUACCAAUUGUGGGCGAUGAAGUUCGUGAUGGUGUUGGUGUGGGGUGUAGAGUUGGGUACUUAGCUGGGAUUGUGAUGUGUGAAGCCUUUUUGUUAAGAUUAUGCUUGAAGUUUGCAGUGGCAAACUCGAGGGAUGAAUUGGAGAAAGACUUGCGUAAUUGUGCCCUAAAUAUAAUAACUGGGUUUCGAAGUUUUUAUUUUUUUGAUAUUCUUCUCAGGGUGCUGAUGGAGCCAGUUCUGCCUGUCACCUCCCUGCUGGUUUCAGAAGAUGAAGCGUUUUUACAUCAUGUUAUGUAUGAUGUUGUUGUAACUGCGGAGUAUUCAUUCGUCACUUCUCAACGAGGGAUUCAGUUACCUUGCAACAGCCUUAAAAUUCUUGCUAUGAGAUGGUUAUUUGUUGUUAACAAUGCAUUACAGUCUGUGAGGGAAAAUGGUGACCAGGCCAAAGUCAUUUCUUAUAUAAAUGCAUUCUCUGAGUCUUGGCUGCUUGCUCAAUUGAUCAAGUGGGUUACUAAUCAAAUUGGUAUUGGGGAAAAAACCAGCAGACCAAAAUUUUCCACUCCUCUUGAUCUUAUCAAGUGGCUGCUAGUUGUUGAAGAGCAAGGGGUAAGAGUAUUUGAUUUUGACAUCACCAAGAUUUAUGCCAAAGCCAUCAUUUGCAAGUCGAGAGUAGAGUAUGAUCUCUCAGUAAUUAAUCCCAAUGACAAAAGUUUGUUCAAAAGCCUCUUCUUGAACAGUGAUUGUGAGAGGAGAUGGCAACAUAAAGAUGACACUGACCUGGAGAUGAUAGAUCUUGUGGAUACUGAGUUCUCAACAACUGAUGGUAUAAGGAAACGCAAAGAAGGGAGAAACAUUGAAGCUGAAAUACCAGUUAAGCUUGUCAAGUAUAAUUUUCAAGAUAAUUCUCUGAGUGAGAGGUUUUCUCCUUUGGGUAACGAAAAAUGGGUUGAGUAAGGGAAGUGAAGUCGAUAAUCCAAUCUCCAACAUGAAGCAAUAAAGUCUGACACAUUGUUGACUCUAGACUGGCAAACUAUUUUUCCGGAGACAUCAGAAUUCAGACAUAUCUCCUAUUAACAAGGACUAGUUAUACUAUGGUGAAUCUCUACUAUUUACUGGUGGAGAACCAGGAGGGAAUUUUCAUAAGUGCAGCCUUACAGGUUAGGGGUUGUGCUAUUCUAUUCUCUCUGGUACAAUCAGGAGAUGCAGACUUCAGAAAUCAAGUCCUAUGUGGAACAUGUAUCCUUUGUAGCUUAUAUUGAUCCUGAUGAAACUGACAACUAGCCUAACUUCUUUCACUGGUAAGACUUGUAUUAUUAUUAUACUCAACACACUGAUAUUAUGAGUACCUUUACUGAGAUUGUUGUCAUAUCAGAUGAAUGAAAAGGUUAUUUUUUAGGUUAGAAA